AUGAACCGUCGGUUCUCACAUGUGGCCAGGGCUAUUCCACGCUUGACCUUGUUCUCUGGGCCGAAUUGCUCGCUCUGCGAUAUCGCGAAAGCAGAAUUGGAGAAAGUACGGAAACAACGCCAGUUCCAGCUGGAGGUGAUCAAUAUUCAGGAUACCGGCCAGGAAAAGUGGAAGAAGAAGUAUGUCUACUGGAUUCCAGCGCUACACCUAGAAGGGAAAGAAAUAGUUAAAGGGCGGUGGGACGCAAGUGAUGUCGAGGCCGCGUUUGUGAAGUGGGACAACGAAAGUGGAAGUGACUGA